UGACCAACCAUCUGCAGGGUUUGGGUUGGGUUGGGUGGCACGAUGGGCAGAAUGGCCAGCUCUCUCGGUGGUACAGUUCACUGGAUUGCUGUGUUUUUCAGUGGUGAGGAGGCAGGGCGGGGAAUGCUGAUCAUUUGGUUGCUGUGCUGGGGUCGAUGUGAAUGAUAGAUGUUGCUGCCCAUGAGUUACGGUGAACGCUGCUCGUGCUCUCCCCUCCCCUCCCUCCCUGGGCUGCGCUCGCGCCGGAUCCGUUUAACUGCCGUACAGGCCCCUUGGCAACCGGCCCCUUCCCUUGACAACUGGUCCCCCUUCGCAAACGGUCUCCCUUGACAACCGGCCAUUGCUGUGACAGGAGGCGGAGGAGGCUUACGGCUCCGACACCGGGGAUCAUGAGGCAGGCUCUCGUCGACGACACCGAGGACGUGUCCCUGGAUUUCGGCACCGAGGAGGAGGAGGAGCUGGCGCUGAGGAAAAACAGGAUCAGACAUCCACUGGCAACAUUUUUCCACCUGUUUUUCCGUGUAAGUGCCAUCAUUACUUACCUCUUCUGUGAUUGGUUCAGCAGAAGCUUUGUUGCCUGUUUUGUGAUGAUACUGCUCCUCUUGUCCUUUGACUUCUGGUCAGUAAAGAAUAUAACUGGAAGGCUCUUGGUUGGUUUACGCUGGUGGAACCAGAUUGAUGAAGAUGGAAAAAGCCACUGGCUUUUUGAAGCCAAAAAGACUACCCCUAAAAAUAGAGCAUCAUCGACUGAAGCAGAAGCUCAGAUCUUCUGGCUUGGCCUAAUUGUCUGUCCCCUAAUAUGGACCGUGUUUCUUUUCAGUACUUUGUUCUCCCUGAAGCUGAAGUGGCUGGCCUUGGUGAUAGCAGGACUUUCCUUACAAGCUGCUAAUCUAUAUGGAUAUAUCCGUUGCAAGCUUGGGGGAAACAAGAACGUUACUAAAGCAGCUUCAACAUAUCUAGGCCAACAACUCUUCCAAAGGACACAUUGGAACAGCAAUGACAAGAAACAGAAGUCCUUCAAAUAAGUUUUGUUUGGUACCAUGGAGAUUAAUCUACUGCAUCAACCAGAUGGAUUUGUUUCUAAAUCGUCUGUAGUAGCCACAAUGCAUAUGUUCUGAAUGGGACUGCAAGUGAUAAUUAUGCCAAUGCCAAGAGUAGAUAUGUAAGCUAAAGAUAUUUUAUUUAUGUUGUAAAUUUUGAAAAACACUUUGUUCUGAAAGCACAGUGCCUUUCUCACCUCUGAGGUCAGGUUUAUUAAAGUGUCAACAUACAA